GGGUUUUGCCGCGAAGUAAGAGCUUCUGUAGGGUUAGGCUGUGAAACUGUACAGAAGUUCUGUGCGUGCACUGUAAAAUGCCACACGUUCGCUGAGAGGGAUUAACACCUACCAGGGAUCCAGCAAACAUCUGCUAACCCUGUCGCAUCCUUAUGGAUCCUGGUGAGAGUGAUCUUGAUUCAAGUUUUCCUCAGACAGAGAACCCCUGCCUCAUAGUUGAGGACUCUCAGCCUGACAGUGUGGCCCUGGAGGACGAUCCUGACACCAGCUACUGUGCCCUCCUCGCACGCCGCCUCUCCAACCUGCAGCCCACAUCACAGAGCCCAGUGCUGGAGCUGAUUUCUUCCCCUACUAAAAGUCGCUGUUUACAAACUAGCAGUCAGAUUGAUAAGGGUGACAAUACAGCCCAUUCAGACAAUUUGCAGACCAACCUAGGUUCAACAGCUACUGAGCAUAGUCAAGUGUUUGAAGUUUGCUCUCUUCCUAAAAGAACUGUAACGGAGAACAUGGAGUCUGAGGCUAACUCAACCACACACUGUACAGAGACACAUGAGGAGAUGUCCCAGUUUGGUCUUUUGGAGCUGUCUGAGAGCCAGGGUGUCUUUGAGGAAGAUGACCUGGAUGGAGCUCCAGCCAAUCAAAAAGACAUUCAGAAACCAACCAGCCAAUGUGUGUUGAAAACUUCUGAAAGGGUUUUAUCUAACCAGGAUGGAAAUUUAGCAGGGUCAGAAGUCACUUCAAGCUGUCCUUCAAAGUCUCAGGAUGGUGAAAGCAGAAAGCUCAGUAUUCAGGCGAUACUGCACUCUCAGUUACCUGACAGUCAAGAAGAUGAAGAGGAUGUGCUUGUUUCUUCUCAGGAUGACAUGUUUGAAAAGGAGACUAAUGGCACCAAGGCCGACAGCAGUGUUUCAGAGCACUUGCCAACAUCCACACCUGCACAAAGUCUGCGCCUGCUUCAUCUGUCUGGACAGGGAACAUAUGUACAGGAAAGUCUUUCACAGCAAUCUGUUGACUUUGUGGCGGCCACACAGGACAAUUUAAGCCAAACACCGUACAUUGUCCCAAAUUCUCCAACAGAAAAAGACCAAAAUUAUAAUGAAGCUGCUGAGUCUCCAAUGGACACAUCAGUCCCCCCUGAGGACCAACCACAAGGGAGAGAGGAGGAGCCAAUGGACACAGACCCCAGUCCGAAACCACAACCCACAGCCUCUACUCCAGUGUCCCAGAAUUCCCCUGGAUUUGUUCUGGAGAAAAGCCUCUCUGUCCCCAGUCAACCUGAAUUCUCACAUGACGUGUUUAUUUCCACUCCAAGUCUUGAACCUGUGAACAAUAGUCAAGGGACCGAAAUGCCAAAGAGGAAGUUGCCUCACCUAAACAGCCCAUCAGCAACUGAAUCUGGACCUCCCAAACUGAGUAGCCCUAAGGAGCAGCUAAAAAAGUCUUCCAGCAGCUUCUCACAACCUUGCGAGGCGGCCGAGGGCUUUCAGCUGGAGCUCAGCAGUGAAAACAGCUGUUUUGUUCAGAAGACUCAGUCGUUCAUUGUGGAGGAGGACAGCCAAGCCACACAGAUCCAAGAUCAAGGUACUGUUGUGGCCGACAAGAGUAACUCAAGCCCCAAACCCCAUUCUCAAAAUGAAAACAAGAACAGCACUGACUCUGAGCCCAGUAAAGCAUUAAAUAUCAAUAUGCCUGACUCCAAAAUUACAAGUGAUGUCCCAGAAAAAGCAGAAGACCUAAACAUCUCUCAAAAGCUCAACAAUGGAGGAAACCAGAAAACAAAUGCGACUCCAGGCGCAACUCUGUCCCAACUUUCUGUUAGUUCAGAAUGUGUUUCAGCUAACCCUAAUUUACCACAGCCAAGCAAAACCACAGACGCUGGCUGUCCUCAAGCCUCACCAUCAACCGACAAACCAGCAAUUCCCGUUCCUGUUGCACAACACACUCAGUCUCAGUCAGUCUUAACAGCAUCAUCCCAGAAGAACACUGGGAACAAAGAAAAACAUGAUGGUCAAAGCCAGAGACUCAGUCAGCCCAUGCUACACAGCCACAGUGUUACUACAGACAGUGUUAGAAACGCAGAGGAGGAGGAGCAGAUGGAGGAAGGUGAGAUUCAGAGUACAGUGAAGGGGGAUGACACUGGAAUAAACCUGGCUUUGUCUCAGAGUCAGGCUCUUUCUCCAGAACCCAUGGAGGAGGAGAAAGGAGAAGCCAGCAGAGAUCACUCGUCUAGCAGAGAGGAGAGCUUCAGUGUGAUGGUGCUGGAAGAGAGCCAGAGGGUUUCUCAGGAGAAAGUGAAGGAAGGGAAAUCACCACCGUUUAAAAGCUCCUCGCAGCCUGCGAGUGGCUCUGUACAGGACAAACCUGAAGCCCUGGUAAAGAUCUCCGGGUCUCAGCCAGUGAGUUCGACUAAGGUUUCACCUCUCCUGCUUGAGAAAACUAAAUCGCAGAGCACACAGCCCAGUAGUUCAGGACAGCAGAAAGUGAACUCGGACAACGCGGCCAACAAAAGUCUGAGUGACAGCUCUGGAGAGCUUCCGUUUCACUUUACUCUGCCCAAAGAGGGCGAGCUGAUCCGCCCCGCAGUGAGUGCAACUCCUCCACAGAUUAGUCUGCUGAAAAAGACACCGAGGCACAGCACUCCUAUUGAGAUGACCUCGUUCUCAGAGCCGUUGGUGGGCGAUGUUACCAGGGAGACAACAAUGGCAACCAGUGAGAUUUCGGUGGAGGAGAGCAGAGAGGGUGAAGAGCCAGAUGGAGCAGAGCAGGAUGGGAAACUGAGUCUCCGGAUGAAGCUGGUGACUCCAGUAGAGGAGGGCAACUCGAGCUCAGAACGCUUCAGCCUGCAGAAGCCGUCAUUAACAGAUGAGGAAGGCUCUGUCUCCAAGGCUACCACUGUUGCCAUGGCAGUAACCAGUCCGUCUGUGUUUAGUCGUGUUCGGGAGGUGCACAGACAGACGCAGGUAGAGGACGAAGCAGAGUCCAGUGAUCCUCUCAUCAGGCAGCCAAGCCAACUGCUCAGUCCCUCCAUCACUAAUGACUCGGGACUGUCUCCCAAUUGCCCAAAAGAGACAUCAGACAGCAGCAGAGCUUCAGUCACUGAAGCUGUAUCUCUGAAUCCUGGGGCUUUAGAAGCAGAAUCUGAAGCUCUGGUCAUUAGUCUGUCAUCCCCAGCCCGAGAACGGGAAAUUCUCGACACUUUUGACAGACCUCAAACACCUGUCCGAAAGAGAGCUGUGUCACAGCAAACCAGUGUAGAUAUUAGCUCUACCACCAGUCCGCCCAGCAAAAAAGCUGUUUCUCAGCAAACAAGUUUUGAUCUGUCUGGACCACACAACCUGUCUGGAAGGGGAGAACCGAGCACUCCCUCCAGAACCCAGCCAGUUCCAUCAUUGCGCAGGCAUGUUCGCACCAUUCAGGAAGUCCGAACAACAGUCACUCGCAUCAUUACAGAUGUCUACUAUGAAGAUGGCAGAGAGGUUAACCGCAAGGUUACACAGGAGUCAGAGGAGCCUGUGGUGGACCGCUGUGUUGUGGAAAAUGACAUCUCCCCGUCCCGUACUGGAAGCUCUAUGACAUCAGGAGACCUAGCUGAUGUCAGCUCACUCUCCUCAAAAGCCCCAUCACACCACAGCUCCAGUGGGACCAGCAGUGGAGGCUUGGGCCCCAUCAGAAUGCCUGAUUUCCUCAUGCCCCCUAGCCGAGGGGCCAAGUUUGGCCGGCGAGGGGGACGGCAGCAGCAGCCGAGGACACUCACUCUGGUGGUGGGGUCAGAGGUGACGGAUGCACGGGGGUCUCGGGUCUCCACUCAGCUGAGCCCCCGUGGCCGUGCCCGGCGAGGAAGGCCUCCUUCCAGAGGUGGCAGGGCAGGCCAGAGAGGUGGUGCUCAUGCCCCGGGUGGUGCGUCGUCCUCAGAAGAGGAGCCUUUUGGCCAAAGGCAUGUCCAGAUGCCCAUCAGCCCAGUGGAGCCCAGUGCUACAAGCCACUCCGAGUCCAUCAACACCACUUCUCCGGACAACAGCACUGGCUCCAGCAGUUUUGUUGGGUUGCGUGUGCUGGCCAAGUGGUCAUCCAACUCCUAUUUCUAUUCUGGGACCAUCACUCGAGACCUGGGAGAGAACCGUUUCCGCCUUUUGUUUGAUGACAACCAGGAGUGUGAAGUGCAGGGAAAAGACAUCUUGCUCUGUGACCCAAUUCCUGUGGAGACAGAGGUCACUGCCUUGACCGAGGAGGAGUACUUCAAUAUAGGUGUGGUGAAGGGUCAUAAAACUCAAGGCUCUGAGUUCCUCUACUGCGUGGAGAAGGAUGGUCAGAGCUCGUAUUACAGCAGAACAUCUGUGAUCCUCAGCAUGGAGCAAGGCAGCCGCCUGAGAGAGCAAUAUGGACUCGGACCCUACGAACCAUCCACACCACAAACCAUGGCCUGUGAUAUCAGCCUCGAUAAUCUGGUAGAAGGAAAGCGGAGACGCAGAGGGAACUGCAGUGGAGCAGGAACCCCUACUCGCAGUUCCAGCAACAGCCCAAGAAACCCAGGGCCCUCUGGGAAACGAAAACUCAUCAGCGGCACAGAGGAAGAAAGGACGCCUCCGAAGAGAGGGCGCAGGGGGGCAGGGGCCAGAGUGGGGCGCCGUAUCGCUGCUUGUAACACAUCUGGGAGCGGGGUAGACCUUCCUCCUGACCCUAAUGACCUGGUGGCAACACACGGACCUCUGCCUGAAAACUCCUCUCUCUUUAUGGGAUUUGUCUUCCUGCUGACGGCUUCCUCUGAAGGAGAUCGAGACUCCAGUCUUCAGAGCAGUGAUGAGGAUGAAGAGUAUGUGCAGAGAGCUCCAUACAACAAACACUAUACAGUGUCACAGCUGGAGGCGGGUGGAGGAAUGAUCCUGCUUGACUUCAAUGAAGAACAGUGUAAAGCAGCCUAUCAGAGCUUGCUGAUUGCCGACCAGCACUGUCGGACCAGGAAGUACCUACUGUGUGUGGCAGGUGGAGUCCCAUGUGUAUCACAAAUAUGGGUGAGGGACUGCUGCCAAGAGAAGAAGCUGCUCAACUACAGAAACUACCUUCUUCCAGCUGGCCUGGGGCCUGAGGGACGCAUCGUGGAGUGGCAUCCUCGCUCAAACCCUUUCAAAGCUCUGAAGGUGAUGCUAAUAGCAGAAGAUCGGGUGGAUUUGUGGACAUCUUUGCUUUUAAUGGGUGGUGCGGAAAAAGUGCAUCACCAAGAAAAUCAAAACAUUUCUGACAUUCCAGACGUGAAGUUUGAUGUGGCGGUGACAUCAUCAGCAUGUGCAUCAGAGGAAGUGAAGCGUGUGGCCAUAGACAUGCCUGUUGUCUCUCUGGAGUGGCUGAUUCAGAGCUUGAUCUGUGGAAAGUGCCUCAGCUUCAACAGCAAUUCUGAAUUCUGCCACAACACGUCUACGUAAAACCAUCGUCCUCUCAUGUCUUUUAAAUGUCCUCAGUGUUUUAGUGCAUGCCUUUCUGUACAUAGUUUUUAUUAAAUAAAAAAAAUGUGUUUCA